AUGCCGAGGAAAGGUAAGAACAAGCAGCGCGAGCCGUCCCCCGAAGUACAGUCGGAUGGGGGCAGCGACGAGGAGGACGAGCUGUUCACCGUCGAGGUGAUUACGAAGGCGCGCGUGGGCUUGCUUGGGGAUACGCACGACGCGUCGUGGGUGAGUUCGUCGGUCGCGUUGAUAUUAGGUUAUGCUGAAGCACGCGUGGAGGAGUACUUGGUCAAGUGGGCAGGAUACCCCGAGGAAGACAGCACAUGGGAACCGGAAGAGAACCUGCAAGGCUGCGAGCGCCUGCUGAAGAGCUUCUGGGGCCACAUCGGGCUCGACGACGAGGACUACCCCGUCGGGUACACCGUCUCCGCGACGAAGACGUGGAUCAAUAAGGAGAAGGCGCUGUUCGCGAAGACGCUCGGCGCCGGGGAGGAGAAGGAGAUGCGGAGGAAGGAGCGGGCGAGGGAGGAGGCGCGGAGGGCGAAGGCGGGGAGGAACGAGAAGGAGAGGAAGGGCGCCGAGGGCGGGGCGGCGAGUAAGAAGAAGGAGAGUCCGAAGAAACCUGGUCGGAAAGCUGCGAAGACGGAAACGGCGUCCCCGUUGUCUGAGCCGCCGAAGAAGAGCCAGGAGAGAGAAAAGGGAAAAGAUAAAGGGAAGGCGAAGGCGAAACAGGCAGAGAGCGAUCCUGAGGAUACACCCAGGCGGAAGAAAGCCAAGGACGAUGUCAAAGGGAAGGGGAAAGUAAAGGCUGUGCUACCUGAAAGUGACGAGUCCGAUUCGGACUCAGAGGACGACGUCCCGCUGGCCGCACCACCAACCAGGAAAGUGUCGACUGCGGUCAAGCGAAGAAUCGCGUCGCCGGAUAACGAGACGCCUGAAGUGGUAGAAAAAACGGCCCCCGCCCCGGCCGCUGCAGUGCAAGAGGGUCCACAAACGAAGAGGCCCCGGAUAUCUAUUGAUACAAAUGUGACGUCUGUGCCCGCCGCCGCUACGAGUGCCUCGCAGACUACCCCGGCGCGGAAGUCCCGCUCGCCCUCCUCCGACCGGGACUCCCUGUUUUCAGAGGAAGAAACUCCCGCAAAAGCCCCGCCCAAGAAACCCGCAGCCCCCGUCCCCGCGCACCGCGCCCCACCAAAGGUCAAGCUCAUCGACCUGCCCAGCCAGGGCGGCAGCGCGCUCGCGACGAAGCAGCGCAUCCUGCACAGCGGCGCCGCGGCCUCCCCGACGGGCCCGCCCCCGCCCCUGCCGAUUCCUGCCCAGCGCAGGGGCUCAGCGAACCUCGCGAAGCUGACGUUCAAGAAGACUGCCGGCGCCAAUGCUAAUGCCAAUGCCAGGGGCGGGAGCGCGACGCCUACGCCGGCAGAUUCCCCGGUGGUACCUGGUCCGGGCUGGGCGGCGUCGCCUCCUCAGGGCGGGCUCGCUGAUUUCGUGCAGUCGCCCGUGUCUAUGGAGCAGGCGUUCCCGUCUGUUGCCCCUUUGCAGACGGAGUCGUUCUUUACGCCUCCUGUACCAGGGCCGUCUCGAGUCCCGGCUGGGCCUCCUCCUGCGUCGGCUCCGGAGGUUGAUAGCUUCCUCGCGCAGAUAAUGCCGCCGGCACUGGCUGCACCUAUGGAUGAGGAUCGACCCAUGCCGAGUCCGAUAGCACCUCCACCGAUUCCUAUGAAGCCUGCGGCUUUUGGGAGGCAAGUCGUGUCCAUUAACGUGCGACCGUGUCCUCAGCCUGAUGUCUGCGCCAGGAUCCCCAAGAAGUGGAAAUGGUCCGGCGAGCUUCUCGUCGAGAAAGAACUCGACAAGGCUGAGCGGUUCUGCGAGGUCGCGCUGACGGACGCGACGGACCACCUGCCCGAUGGUCUGCGCCUUAGCAUCUGUUUCUCGUCCGUGGAGUCACUGCGGCUGAGGAGACUGCUGGACGUCGCGGACAUUGACGGCCUGCUGUCCGCGUGCGCGAGGCCUCAGCAGAUGGCGAAACUCGGGCCCCAGAGCGAGGCCGAUACGCCGCCAUUCCAGACUCUGAUGUCGUAUGCGCCUAUCGUCGUAAACAAUAUCGAACUGGGCAUACUGCUCGUAUAUCCCUCUGCUGAGUCUAAACUCGCCAACAUGUUCAAGGUACCUGAUGAUUUACGAGACAAUGUCUUCAUGACCGCCGUUCUCAUUCCUUGGCGACUCAAUUCGACGAGAUACGCAAAGUACAAGUGGCAAUCGCGAGGAAGUCUGCCGGUGGACUCGCCAAAGGUUGCUGUGGAAGGCAGGAUCCCUGGCGCGGUCCUCCAGGCUAUCUCCCUUUUGCACUUCCCGCAAUGGCUAUAUGACCACAUGCGGAUGCCAAACAGACCGUAUUGCGUAUGGAACACAAGUGACGGCACGCCAGCGGCCCCUGGCGUGGAGACUGCUGCUCUCCGAACGAUCCUGAGACACUGCAAUGCCCCCGACGCGGGCCACAAAGCCGACGUGCGCGUCGUCUUCGUCCACGUCGGGUCUUUGCGGACGCUCCACAAGCUCCCUGCUUUGGUAGAGCGGAGGUGUAAACGACCAGAGAUACAGUUCGUCACUUACGGUACUCAUGAAAGUGCCCCGAUUAAGCGGUGGGGAGUGCGCGAGAUCUUCCCUCUAGGUGGUAUUGUCACUUUCACUCCGAGCUCCAUAGUCGAUACGCCGCUUGCCGUUUUCAAGUUGAUCUCUCAAAUCGCUGAGCACCCUUUGUGGCAAUGUUAUGUGACUCCAGCAGUGCUGGCUGCAGUCGUGCGAGAGGUGUACAAGGAUCAGAGAAGUCCCAAUCAGGCCCUCAGGGGAGACGACCCCCUAUAUAGUCAGAUUCUGACUUUCGUCGAAGAGGGCCAGUUAUCCCUGAUACAAGCACCUCCGCUGAAUCGCAGUCUUACCCAAGGCAAAGAUCCGAUCAACGACUGGAUUUCGCUCCAAACCGUGCUGAUGCGGCUGAAUAGCCAAGAACUCGGGGAAGAAUGCAUGAAGAUCUUUCGAAGUGAAUAUGCCAAUGUCCCCGAGGCUGAACUCGCUCCGGCUCUGUUACAUAAUAUUUCGAAGGGGUUGGCAUGGAUGCAAGCUCAGCCAGCUUGCAUGGACGAGUUCCGGCGGUUUGUAGUGAUUACAGGGCCACAGGAUAAGCAUAUCAACUGGGACAGAGACGGCUUUGAAUGGCUUCCGGUAACGAGAUUCGACUUCAAGGAUGACUUUUUCCGCGACUCCAAGUAA